CAACCCACAGGCAUCCUUCUUCCUCAUCAGUUGAGCUUGAAUCAAUCUAUAAUGGCGGAAGGGCAUAACCUGGUUGACUCUAUGAAGCUUUGCUCCUCAAACCUCAAAAAGCUCGCCUUUCCAACAGCCGUAAUGGAGUCACGUCGUCAUCUUUUGCCUCCGACCUUACAGCUGGGGCAAAGUCGACAGGCUGGUGCAACGUUGAAGAGUGGAAAUCGCGAGUUCUCAGUCACCUUCUCACUCGGACGAACUUGUGAUCGCCUCGUUCUUCUGGAAACUGGCUGGAAAGACGUUGUUGACCAGCUUGCUUUGAAGGAAGGUGACCGGGUGAAAAUUUCUUUGGGCGAUCGAGCAAGUUCCACUUAUUUAAUUGAAUUGCUCGAAAGAGUUUUAGCACCGGAUGAGGGGCCUAAGGCGGAAGAGGCCGCCGAUGUCCACCAAGGAGGUGAGGAAGUUCAUAUAAAUUUGGACCAAGGAGGGAAUGCUCAUGCAACCACUGCUGCUUCGACAUCAGCGCCUUUCUCAUGCCUGCAAAGUGGAAAUAAGUCUUCCAAUAUGGAAUUUGACCUGAAUAAACCACCAGUGGAAUCAGAUUAAGAGGAGGUAAAAGUAAGUGCAUCUUUCAUCUUAGUUUCUUUGUUCAACUCUUCUCUAGUGUUAAAUUUGGCGCCACCGCAAUGAUGAUUACUUUUAUUUUAUGAAUCCAAAGUGUCUGGAUUCGUACGUUUGUGUACUUUUAUUUUUCUGUUUGCCAUGAGUAAUUAAUAAUAUGUUACAGGAGGAUGAAGAGUGAAGGAGGAAGAUCAUCAGGAAGAAGAUCUCUGAUCAGAUUAAUAAGUGUGUGUCUCUUUGUUGUUUAAUUACUUUUGUCGAGUUUCAUCUGUUUAUGAAUGGUCAGCCAUUGAUGAGAGAUAUGUUUGGAAAGUUGAGUGCAAAUGACACUGUUAGUGUGUACUUUGGAAAAAAAAAUGGUCUAAGUUGCGUCUGUCUUCACGUGGAGACUUUUUUUUUUCUUUUUAUGUGAAAUUUAGUGUGGAGGCGUGAUAAAGGUCUGUUUCAAUC